UGGCCAUCUCAUUCUUCUGAUCGCAGACACAGUGUUUUGAAUAUUCUUCUUCUGAUGGGCUUCUCUUCUUGAAUGAGAAACUCUCCAUAAUUGGCCAACCCGGCAGCAAUCCUUCUGUUUCUCCGUCAUCCUCUCUGAAUCAGAAUCGUAAAUGGCGCUUUCUCGGCUGCGCCAACUGGUUAUCUCACGGGCUUCUCCAGUCUUCAGGAUUCGACCUCUUGUCACCACUUGCAGGUCCCUCACACGCCCGACUGAUGUACAACGUCAUUUUGUUGAGGAUGAUUGCACUCUGCUCAGGGGAAUAACAUUACCCACAAUUAAUGGAGUCUGUGCAAGUUCGAGGAUCCUCAAGUUGCAGCUUGGUGUUCGGAAUUUCUCAUCUUCUGAACUUCCUCCGCAUAAUGUUCUUGGAAUGCCAGCACUAUCACCUACAAUGAAUCAAGGUAACAUUGCAAAAUGGAGGAAGAAAGAAGGAGAUAAGAUAGAAGUGGGUGACAUCCUAUGUGAGAUAGAGACAGAUAAAGCUACUCUUGAAUUUGAGAGUCUUGAAGAGGGGUUCCUUGCUAAGAUACUAGUGCCAGAAGGUUCAAAGGAUGUCCCAGUGGGAAAACCUAUUGCAAUAACUGUUGAGGAUUCAGAUGAUAUUGGAAGUGUCUCUGCUUCUGUCACCAGUAGUUUCAAUGCCAAAGAGGAGAAAUCAACAGAGACACCUGUCAAGAAUGAAGAUAAGGCACCCAAAACAAGUUCUCCCGGGUUCAAUCCGGCAGAGCUUCCUCCACAUACAGUUCUUGGCAUGCCUGCACUAUCCCCCACAAUGAAUCAGGGAAAUAUUGCAAAAUGGAGAAAAAAAGAAGGAGAAAAGAUAGAAGUGGGAGAUGUGAUAUGCGAGAUAGAGACAGACAAAGCUACUCUUGAAUAUGAAAGUCUUGAGGAGGGGUUCCUGGCUAAGAUACUAGCACCUGAAGGUUCAAAGGAUGUGCCUGUGGGAGAACCUAUUUGUAUAGUUGUUGAGGAUCUGGAUGACAUUAAAAAAGUUCCAGAUGUUUUUACCAGUGGUUCAGGGGCUAAGGAGGAAAAGGCAACUCAUCAAGAUGAAAGAAAUGAAACAAGAGAACAGAACACAAGUGCUUCUAGGAUCAGUCCAUCUGCAAAGUUGCUUAUUACAGAAUUUAGAUUAGAUGCUUCAUUAUUGAAGGCAACAGGCCCUCGUGGAACACUUCUAAAAGGUGAUGUUUUGGCGGCAAUAAAGUCAGGAAUCGGAUCUUUAAGAACUUCAUCUUCCUCCAAAGAGAAGCCAGUUUCAUCACCUCAAACACAACCACAAACUUCCCAUGGACCAUCUUUGGAGGCACGCUCUCCACUGCAUUCGGAUACUUAUGAAGAUGUGCCAAACAGUCAAAUUCGCAAGGUGAUAGCGAAAAGGUUAUUAGAAUCAAAGCAUGGUACACCUCAUUUAUAUUUGUCCUCAGAUGUUAUACUUGAUCCUCUCCUAGCUUUUAGGAAGUUGCUUAAAGAGAAGCAUGAUAUUAAAGUUUCAGUAAAUGACAUUGUCAUCAAAGCUGUUGCAGUUGCACUAAGGAAUGUGCCUGGAGCAAAUGCUUAUUGGGAUGCUGAGAAAGAAGAAGUCAUUUCAUGCGAUUCUGUUGACAUAUCGAUAGCAGUAGCUACUGAGAAGGGCCUGAUGACUCCAAUUGUGAGGAACGCUGAUCAAAAGACUAUAUCAGCGAUUUCCUUAGAGGUCAAAGAAUUGGCCGAAAAGGCUCGAGCAUCGAAGCUUGCUCCUCAUGAAUUCCAGGGAGGAACCUUCAGCAUUUCAAAUUUGGGAAUGUUCCCAGUGGACCAAUUUUGUGCAAUUAUAAACCCCCCACAGGCCUGUAUACUGGCUGUGGGCAGAGGUAACAAAGUUGUUGAACCUGUAGUUGACAGUGAUGGAAAAGAGAAGCCUACUAUCGUCAACAAAAUGAUCCUAACACUGUCCGCUGAUCAUCGUGUUAUUGAUGGUAAAGUUGGAGGAGCAUUCCUAUCAGCUCUACGCUCAAACUUCAGUGAUAUUCAAAGACUACUGCUAUAAUGACAUGGGUAGACUCCUUGCGUCGAUGCAUGGGAUUGCCAAGAAAAAAGAGUGAUAGAAAAGUCAGUCAUACAACUUAACGACCA